AUGGUGGUUUUGCUGUAUUUGUCCUCAUCUGGCAGCUCCGUGUCUAUUAAAAAGCAGCAACAAGAUGUGUUAGGUUUCUUGGAAGCUAAUAAAAUUGAAUUUGAAGAAAAGGAUAUCGCCGCCAAUGAGGAGAAUCGGAAAUGGAUGCGUGAGAAUGUCCCUGAAGACAGCCGGCCAGCAAGCGGGAACCCCCUGCCGCCCCGGCUCUUCAAUGACAGCCGGUACCUCGGGGACUACGAAGCUUUCUUUGAAGCUCGAGAGAACAAUGCGGUAUACGCGUUUUUAGGCUUGACUGCACCACCGGGUUCAAAGGAAGCUGAAGCACUGGCCAAGCAGCAAGCGUGAAUUUCAACUGCCUUACAUGUUCUGUAAAGGGAAUUUCCACAGCUUUUUAUAAAAUAGUACAACUGUCUCUGCUUUGAGAAAUAUAGAUGUGAUUGCUAACAUUUGAUUGGUGCUUGCAGCAUUCACUGUACGUAACACAAAGUUGAACACAAGAUGAAACGUGAACAUAAAGGUAGAGAGCACAGAGUGUAUUAUUACAAAGUUGGAAGCAGAGGAAACUGAAGGAAUUAGUCAUGAAUUAUUUUCACAUAGUUUAAACUGUCUUGGCAAUUCGUCCAGUUUGUGUAAACUUCAAGAAACUGUUAUAGUACUAAUAACACAGACGGGGUUACACCUAGAGAUCCAACUACUUAAAACGUGGAAAACAAGCAACAGCAUCCAAAACCUUGUCAGAUACUAACUUUAGUGCCUGAGUUGCCUCAAAAAUGUUACUGAAUUUACAGAGUAAUUUUUCAGCGUCUUUUCUGGGUUCAGAUGCAGCUGUAGGUGGUAUUGUGUAGUAGAGCCAUUGUAGUCACUUUUGAAAGUUCUGUUUGUUCUUUUGUAGAAUGGAUAUUAAAGAUUUGUAUUGUAACACACUGUACAGACGAUAAAAAAAAAUGCCA